AUUCCGGGAGCCGGCGAGAGGCACCCUCGCACAUUUGUAGAGGGAUGCUGCGAAUUAUCCCACAAUGCGUCCUAUUGUUUGGAACUGUUUUUAUUCUUUGUUAUAGUUGAUUGUGAUUCUUAAUGCGAAUUAUCCGCUAGUCAUAAAUACUUGGGCUACAGACUUUUAUUUUUAAAGGUAUUCCUAUCUGUAUCUCUGCAAGCUGAAGCGUUCCAUUGGAUCAAAUGCGUUUUGUCUCGAUUGCCCAGCAGCCACUUGGAAUCAAAAAUUGAAUUGAUCUAAAUCGAUCCCGAAAGAAUCACUGCAGUUCAAACUGGGGAUUCCUCACGUGCCUGUUGUUCAUUAACAGGAAACCUUGUCUAUUUUGGUGUUCCGAUUGCCUUGAAGCAAACGAAUAAAGGUUCGUUUCAUUUAAAAUUUAUGCAAAUGCAGGUAUCCAGCACUUUUGGCAAUUUUCCUUUUUACUAUUUGUCGUUUACGCAGUCAUAAAAGUUGAAAAAAGAACUGAAGCUUUAAUUGAAUGAAAAGAAACAGCGUCCUUCUGGAAAUGGAUGCAUUCUCUGAACUGGAGACAUGUCCCCCAGUGACUAGCACAGUGACCGAUCUCCGGGUAACAAGGGAAGACGUACUCGGCUUUGAUCUUCUGGAACUCAUCCACACGGAGGGAUUUCUGCCGUCGGACCCUUCCACCUUCAGUCGGUUUCCACGACCCCAGAGAACAACGAGGGACCGACCCACCUCCUCGGAGCAAGGCUGCCCGGAUUUGAACAAUAGCAACAAGUUCCCGAUGUGCCGCGUCUGCGGAGACAAGGCCUCUGGAUACCACUAUGGCGUCACCUCCUGCGAAGGCUGCAAGGGCUUCUUCCGACGCAGCAUCCAGAAACAGAUCGGCUACAAGUGCCUGCGCGAAAAGAAGUGCCAGGUGAUCCGACUCAACAGAAAUCGGUGCCAGUACUGCAGGUUCCGGAAAUGUCUGCAAGUCGGCAUGUCCAAGGACUCCGUCCGCUACGGUAGGAUCCCGAAGUGCUCUCGAGAAAAGCGAGAAGUGGAGCCGACCAAGAUGUACGACAUGAUUGCGUCCGUCACGCAGGCCCACCUCACGCACUGCGCUUACACGCAGGCCAAGACGCAGGGCUUGCUCAAGAAGCCCGCUGUAUUCCCCGGCAUUAGCGACCAGCAGAGUGUAGGCGUACAGAAGGUGGUGGCGUGGCAGCAAUUCGCCUCCUUGCUCUCCCCAGCUAUCCCACAGGUGGUGGAAUUCGCCAAGCGUAUUCCCUCCUUCCAGGAGUUAUUGCAGGACGACCAGCUACUCUGCAUCAAGCUUGGCUUCUUCGAGGUGUGGCUGGUGCACGCGGCCCGGUUGUCCGAAGAGGCGGGGCUCACCUUCGCCGACGGAACCUGCGUCUCGAGGCAACACUUGGAGCUCAUGUUCGAUCGGGAAUUCGUCGCCCUGAUCUUCAACUUCGUGUUUUGGAUCAACGAUCUGCACCUCAGCGACGGCGUCAUUGCUCUCUACUCCGCUGCUGUGCUCGUGACGGCAGAGCGCGACGGCAUCUGCGGCCACAAGGCUCUGCAGCAGCUCCAGGAGCGAGUGCUGGAGGCUCUGCGGCAGAAAGUGUCGGAAGAAGGGGAGCCCCACAUUUUCCCCGCCCUCGUCGCCAAGCUGCCUGAGCUCCGACUCCUGGGCCGGAAGCACCUCGACCACCUGCGUUGGUUCAGAUCCAACUGGAUGCACCUCAGGCUUACUCCGCUCUUUGCGGAGGUUUUCGACAUUCCAAGGCACGACACGUCGCAGAGAUGAACAGAUGCUCCUGACUGCUGACCAGCGGGCGUCAAAUUUCAAAAUUCCCGGGACCACGAUCUUCCUGCUGUUCGACAUUGGUGGAGAAAGAACACCAUGUCGUUAUAUUUAUUGUGCAGUGAGAUGUGCUCAGACUGAUGGGCAAACUGUUAAAGAAUUAUUUAAGCGAAGUGAAGGGGCAAAAAGAGAAAUGACACAGUGGAAGUGCUAAUGCGUCAAUUCAUUUCCCCAGCGAUUAUGUGACGCAAGACUAGUAAAAAGAUCUAAGAAUAAAUUGGACGCUAGAAAUUUCUUAUAAAAAUCGCUUAAAACUGUUGAAAAUGCUGAAAAGAUAGCAGCUAAUAUUUAUUCACAAAUCAUUUAUUGGCAAUAUCGCAAUUGAAAUAACCUUUGUUAAAUCAUUUGUUGCAGACUACUAAAAAUUGUUCUCUCACUGCUUUGCGAGUCUUUCAAAGCCACAGAAAUCAAAAAGAGUCAUGUGAUACGUCGGUGCCUGACUAAAUAGGCCUGUACAUAGCUGUGGAAUAAGAUAUAUGUUUCCAAGAGAAGCCUAUUUUCUGUAUCGGAAGAUUCGAGUAUUCAGAAAAUGUCUUCUAAUAUUUGAGACUCCCUGUUUUUGUACAGUCCAGUGAAUUUGGAAUAUCAAAAGAACUUUUGAAGAGAUGUAACACAUUUCUAAUUUUUAUUUAAGAAGAUUAAAAUGUCAGUUUUUUUUCUCA